AUGUUCUCAUAUGAUCGUCUUGCGCUCGAUCUUGGGGCGUUGAGCUUCAACGGCGGUGGUCCGCCGCUUCCCAAUCGACGUGGUCCGCCGGCGCCGCCGGUGCCGAGCAAGUUUGACGAGACACAGCCGCAAACUAUAAGCGACGAGUCGGGAAGCAGCGGCUACGGAAGCCCGUCGCGAACGCCGAUGUCGUCGCCGACGAAUGAGUCGAUCAUCGGAACCGCCGAGAUGAUCAAUGCGUCGAUCAGCGUGCUCAAUGGCCAAGCGCCGGCGCCGAUCAUCCGCGCGUUCAACGCCCAAUCGCCGGAUGAGAUCACUCGGCAUUUCGGCGUCUCGCCAACACCACAAUCCGCCAAUUGUGUCAAGAUCGGUCUGAAGGAGGCGUCGGGCGUUUCGGCGAACGCCGUGCCGCUCGCCAUCGAGGACGGCUUCUCGCACGACGAGAUCGCCGGCUUCGCCGAAUUGCUCUCGUCGCCGAAGAAGACGCCACCGCAACGCUAUCAAUGCCACAUUUGCUAUUCGACGGGCCAUCACUACAUUUCCGAUUGUCCGCAGAGAUUCAAUUCGCCGUACGACGAGCUGACACCCUAUCAGGGUCGCAAGAAGUGCUACGGAGAGUUCACCUGCCAACAGUGCAAACGCAAAUGGAACAGCCAGAACAGUGUGGCGAACGAGGCGCAGAGCUGCAUCAAAUGUCACGUGCCGGUAUUUCCACAUAAACAGUUGCCUGUGGAAAAAGCUGUGGCGUUGGGGCUCAUCAAAGCGCAAAACGUGACCAAAGUGGCGCCGAUCGGACACGGACGACCGCCGGCGUCGCGAAAAAUCGAGAUGAUCAGCUAG